AUUGCAAUGUCUUGACUCCUAACAACUUCUUAAAUACUCAAAAACCAAACACCGAUAAACCGGACUUGGCGCCUCCCGCCGCCGUACUCUCUCUCUCUCUCUAAAGCUCAAAUCUUUCCAAGAAAGCUUCAAAACACAAACCUAAAAUCUCUCCACCAAAAUAAAACAUUCACAUAUUCCUCACAAAAAAACACCAUUAUCAUGGCAAAGCAAAAGAAACAAUCCUACAUUUCAGUCCCUUCUCAAAUAAUCACUUCAAUUUCAUCUUCAUCCCUUCAAUCUCUCCUAAUCUCUCCCAAAAAACCAUCAAAAAUCAAAACAACCCAUUACCUUAAAAACCCCAAAACCUGGUUUUUAUCUCUUAUUCUCUUCACAUCUCUAAAAACCCUCCUAACUUUACUCAAACUAUCAUCAUUUUCUCAUUCUGAAACCAACCCAUAUCAAGAAUCAUCAUCAUUCUGGAACCAACCAAAUGGGUUAUCCUUCAAACCCUGUUUAGAUUUCACCUCAAAUUACAAAAACACAACAGAAGAAAUCAAAACAGGAAGAACAAAGUAUCUGAUAAUAGUUGUUUCCGGUGGAGUUAAUCAACAGAGGAAUCAAAUUGUUGAUGGAGUUGUAAUCUCUAGAAUUCUUGGAGCUACACUUGUAAUACCCAUUCUACAAGUUAAUGUUAUUUGGGGAGAUGAAAGUGAAUUUUCUGAUAUAUUUGAUUUGGAUCAUUUUAAGAAAGUUCUUGUUGAUGAUGUGAGAAUUGUAUCAUCUUUGCCUUCGACCCAUUUGAUGUGGAAACCUGUUGAGGAUAAAAAGAUGCCGCCGGAUGUUUCGCCGGAGUGGAUUAGGUCGCAUUAUCUUAAAAAGUUUAGGAGAGAUGGAGUUUUGCUAUUGCGUGGUCUUGAUUCUAGGCUUUCUAAACAUCUUCCUUCUGAUCUUCAAAAGCUACGUUGUAAGGUGGCAUUUAAUGCUCUAAAGUUUGCUCCAAGAAUCAUGGAGUUGGGUAACAAACUUACCGAAAGAAUGAGGAACAAAGAAGGUCGAUAUCUUGCUCUUCAUCUAAGAAUGGAAAAGGAUGUUUGGGUUAGAACGGGUUGUCUUCCCGGUUUUAGCGACGAAUACGACGCAAUUGUAACCGAAGAGAGGAAGCUUCAUCCCGAACUCUUGACCUCAAAAUCGAACAUGAGUUACCACGAAAGAAAGCUCGCGGGUCUUUGUCCAUUAAACACAUUUGAGAUGACUAGGUUGCUUAAGGCUCUUGGAGCUCCAAAGGAUUCGAGGAUAUAUUGGGCGGGUGGUAAUCCAUUAGGAGGUGAAGAUGCACUUCUUCCUUUGAAAAAUGAGUUCCCUAACUUGUACAAUAAAGAUGAUCUCGUCGAACCGGGUGAACUUGAACCGUUUGUGGGAAAAGCUUCGCUAUUGGCGGCCAUUGACUACAUUGUGGCCGAGAAUAGCGAUGUUUUCAUGGCUUCUCACGGUGGAAACAUGGGCCAUGCAAUUCAGGGUCGAAGGGCGUAUGCAGGACACAAGAAGUUCAUAACACCUAACAAAAGACACAUGUUAGCAUACUUUCUAAACUCGUCAAUACCAGAAACCAAGUUCAACCAAAUCAUAAUGGACUUGCAUCGCGACUCCAUGGGUCAACCCGAGAUGAGGAGUAGCAAAUUGGGUAGGGAUGUUACCAAAUUCCCCAUCCCCGAAUGCAUGUGCAACGAUUCAAAGAGGCACUCAGAUGGGUAAAAAGUGCGCGGAAUCUUGUUAUAAGAAAUGUCUUUGAAAUUGAUCUCGGGUCGAGAAAGUUUCUAUCGAAAGAAGAAUGCAUUGUCAGAGACUAUAAGGAAUUUGCCUAUAUUCCAAAGAGUCAUUUUGAUCAGCUGGCUAAUGAAAUUUAGGAUUAAUUGGGGAUUAGCUUCAAUUUUAUAGUUUGAAAUAUUUUUAUGACUUUUUGUUGUACAAGUAUAUAUUAAUUUAUUUUCUUCCA